UGUGCGGAGACAAGCGACAGGUCCAUUGAAUUCUACUUUCACUUUUGAUUUCCGAAGCAGACGACUCAUAGUAUGGCUGAAGAAAGUAAAACUGGUAAUCCUCUGUUGGAUGCGCGCCCUCCUGCAACGGACUAUCUGACCUACCUAACGGUCGUGGAAUACAACCUCACUGAGGAUAACCUACCUGUGCUUCACGAAGUGCUGCAGGAUACGGAGUUGACUACAAACAUUGGCUGGGAUUUAAUACACUUGCUUCUCCCUCUGUUACCUGCUUCAGAAGAGUGCCUGGAGGAUAUUGCUGCGAAAGGCAAUCCGAGGGAAUGUAUACUGAAGGUCACCGAGCCUCUAAGAUUGUUGGACUUUGACGAAGAUGAGAGAGACUCGGAUGAAGAACAGGAUACACAGGCAGAGGCAGGCCCAGGCACCGAUUCCAUUGCCGUAGGAGAGUCCAGCAGUUCCCCUGCGCAGACGCCGUCAACGCCUCCGCCGCAUUCCGUGCUCAAGUUCCAGGCACUACUCGCGUUACUGUCUACGUUGCAUGGCCGCAUCAAGACGAAGUAUCCCAGUCGAUUCCUUUCAACGAGCCUGCAGGCUGUACUUUCGGCGUACAGCAAAGCGAGACAUCACAAUGACGAGCUUACGCAUGCUGUCGUCAAGUUCGUGAAUACGCUGUCGGGGACUAAGAGGCCGCAUCUUCCACCUCGCACAAGCACCGCGGAUAUACUCAGGACGGAUGGCACGCGCUCCGAGCCUGAUCCGGAGGCGCACAGCGAACCCCCUGAGGUCGAAGAAGAUACCCUUGUGAACAGGCUGCUGCAAGCUUUCAUCACGCAUAUCCUGGAGGACUACAUGCUAUCUCUUUCGUCGGAGAGCGAUGUUCCCGGGUUGGCUUGGGCAAGCAGACUCAUGGAGAAGUAUGAACCCCACCGUGUAGUCCCUAGCAAGUCUACAUACGCGGAGCGUUUUGCGCAGGAAGAGGGACUGAAAUCAAGAUCGGCUAUCGUGGGACAGCUGGUUGCGAUGGCGCAAGAUCUGGGUAUCACUAGCAGAGAACUCAGCGAGCUUAUCCUAGAUCCGGAGAAGGAGAAGCAAGGCACCCCUGGACGCGAGGACGAGCCACCGGCCAGUGCUGCGGACAUUCCGCUGUCGAAGACGGGUGCGUUGUUUUUGUAUACGGCACGGCUUGUUAAGAGGGAACUUUAUCCUUCUGCCAGCUCAAGCGAGGAGAGUGCCUUGACGAUAUUCCCCUCGCAUGCGCAAAUCUUAAAAAACUUCAUCGGCACAGCUGGACUCCAGACCGUCGGCCUCGAGCCAGAAGCACUCCUAGACGCUGUCCUCGCCCUCGGUCUCAUCGCCCUUCAGCACAACGAGAUCGGCGAGCCCAGAGACGACGAGCAUUUUUGCCAGUACCUGCAGACCAUGUCGCUCAUAUCGGCCAACACCGCCUCUCCGAGCCUCCGCUACCAAGCACACUACCUCACCUCCACGGUCCUCCGUUCCCACCCCUCCGACAUCGUCCGCCUGACAUUCAUCCGCGACACGCUGGAGCACUGCCCCUAUGAGAAUCUCAAAGCCAGUGCAGUAGGCUGGCUCAAGGGCGAGACCCUAGAAGCCAAUAUGCCUCAGCACUCUCACGACCACGACCACACCGACCCAUCUUCCUCCUCCACCAAGGAGCCCGCACCCGAACCGCCCUCCGAAUCCGAGUCCAUCUUCUCCACCCCUGUUGCCCUCUCCACGCUCUCCCCAUUCCUCUUCCCCGACCUCACCGCGACGUUCCACUCGUCGGUCGAAAUCUCCGAGUCGUGGAUGGCAUUCCGCUCCGAGCUGGGCUUCUUCCUGGCUACCCUGAAUUUCUAUUACCUCCUUCUGACCGCCAAAAUGCUGCAUGCGAAUCUGGAUAUUGAGGGAUUGCAUCGGGGGAGCAAUAUGGUGGAGGGGUACCUGAGGCCGUUGAAGGAGGCCAUUGGGAGGUUUAGGGCGAGUCUGGAGGAAGGCGGCGAGUUGGCGCUGGCAGAGGGGGAGGAUGGGGUGAGGGGUUCGAGGGGGGAUUUGGCGCUGUUGGAGGAUGUGGUGGGGAGGGUGGAGGAGGGGAUUAGAGGGUUGGGAUUGUGA